AUGCUCCUGUCUACACCCCUGUCCCUCCUGGCCUUUGCGACGCUCGCCGUCGCCCAGAGCAGCAGCAGCAACAGCACCGGCACGCGCAGCACCACCUCGACACGCAACGCGAAAUCCGUCGUGCACAACAGCACGGCGACGACGACGGUUGCCGACGCGGCCGACACGCUGACCAUCAGCGGCGCAGCGAGCACGGUCACGUUUGCCGACUCUGUGCCGACUGGCGCGCCGGGCAGCAGCAGCAGCAGCGGCAACAGCACGGGCAACGGCGGCGUGCUGGGCGGUAACCCCGACGACGGCGACACGACGGGCUUCACGUUCCCGACCAACGCGUCGUGGUGGGUGCUCGGCGCGCCGGCAAAGCAGCCCAACACGCUCCAGCUGCACUUUGCCGCCAACACGACGGCGCUGCGCAUCUUCCUCACAAACAGCGACACGUCGCUCCUCAAGCGCACGCUCCAGAUCAAGACGGUCCUCAAGCCUGCCGACGGCACGACAACGUUUACGCUCGACACGGCCCGCCCGCUCUGGGGCGCGCAGCCCGGCAAGGGCUUUGUGCUCGUCGCGCAGUUCAACAAUGCUCCCUCGGUCUCGUCGCAGCAGUUUGAGCUCAAGGCCAGCGGAUCCGCCCCGUCCUACCCGCCCGGAUACACGCCGUCGCCAGACAACACGGUGUACCCUACGCACAAGCCGAGCAGCGGCAGACAGCGUGUCACGGCGGGUGUGUUGGCCGUCGCGGGAGUCGUGGCCGCUGUGGUUGUCAUGGUUUGA